CGGAAAGGCGGGGGCGGGGAAGGCACGCACACGGUGAAGGUAGGAAAGUGAUACGGAUAUCUCUUCUUUUCUCUUCGACUCCUCCUCGCUGGUCGGUAGACCGCGCGCGAGGGAAGCGCGCACGGCGUUUCACCUGCGCUCCGGUGCACAGGAAACCACCGCGGACACGCCGUCAUCGUCAGUCGCGUGUUUACAUUGAGUGCGGCAGCGCGAUGGCCGCGCUGGAGACUCCUCGCGUGCGACGAGCUGCUGCGCGAUCGGCCCGAUCUCACGCGCUUGUCGAGCACGUUUUCAGAGAGAAACCGCGAGUCCAUGUUGCGAGAGUGCGAGCCGCGUCGCGGGAGCUGCCGAUCGCGAAGUGAUCAUCGGUCGACUCGAUUACGAAGUAAUCGCCCCUCGCCGUCGUCCUGACACGCGUUCUCCAGGACGAUCCACAAGACGAGCCGGGGCCGCCCCACGUGUCGUCGAUCGAUCACCGACUGACCGAGAGUCCAAGUAUCCGGCUGCCAACACAGAGCGGAAAAGAAAACGUUGCGCGAUGAAUCACGAUGAGGGAAGUUGGCGGUGAGUCGUCGUCGCGAGAUCAGAGCAGCGUUAUCGCGGCAGGACGUGAGACCGACGCAUUCUACGAGCCCAGGAGGAAGUGUCGCUGCGGCUUCCACUAAAUCGGGAACGACGUCGGCCGACGACGACGAGCGGAGGCGACCCGCCGGGGAGACCAGCAGGAGGAGCGCGUGACAAUAUCCUCGUCGGCGCGUCGUGCCAGCGGAAGAGUCCCAAAGCGCGCGCUCCAGAAUGAACCUCGCCGCGAUUGCCUGACAUGUCUUCCACGAGACGAGUCCAGUGCGCCGAGGACUGCAGGUGCGUGCUCUGCCGCGAGUUGAAGGGCCUCCGAGAGAUGAGCAGCGGCGUCGAGGCGGCGCGGUCGCGCGACGAAGGCGUGAACUUCAUCCUGCGGCGGGCCGUGGCCUUCGUGGCGCCGGCGCCGAUGCGGGACUGGCAAGAGGCGAAACUACGCGACGAUUACUACGAGAGGAGCUCGACCUUGGAGGACAAGAGCCGAUGCGGCGCUCCUCCGGCCAGCGCGGCGAAGGACGAUGGCCGCGGCGACGAGGCGAAGCCAGCACCCCCGAGCAACCCCGGCGGCGAGCACAGGCAGGCGGCGAAGGACGUCGCUCACAGGACGGUCAUCUACUUCGGCGACUCGAACCCUAGACAGAGGGAAGACAAGCCGAUUUGGCAGCCGCCGCCGCCGCCGCCGUUCUCGCCGGAGGCGAGCUGCGUGAGGCUGUCGGCGAGGAGCAACGGGAGUUCGCCCGAGGAUGCGCCGCGGAAGGACGACGACGGGCUGCUCGAUCGCGAGCGCGAGGACGCUGAUGCGGCUGUCACGCGAGACUCCGCUCCCGCGAACGACGACCCCGGCAAGGUCGCGCACGAGAUCGUGGUGAACGUCAGUCCCAGCAGGGAGGACGUGCUGAGGAUAGAGGAGGAAGAGAGCCAAUUGGAGGACUAUUGGUCUCUACCCGGAGACACCAGCGGCUUCAAGGCGGACUGGAGCUUCGUCCAGCAGUGGAGGCUCAGGGGACCGAGCGGCGGCAACAGUCGCGAGAUAUACUGCCCUCCUUACUCCAAGGACUUCACCGAGAACUCCCCGAAAAGCGGAGUCCACGAUAUGGUGCAUAUGAUACCGGAAAGGGACACGGACAGUGUGGCACCGACCCCGACGCCGCAGCACCCACGUCACUCUCAGCACCAUCAUCUCAGUUUACACGAGCUCCGCGCGCUUCAGAGGAGGCCAGAAUGCACCGGCAACAGCUCCUCCUCUGAUGAGAAUCGAUCGUCCGGACACGCGAGCAUGUCUGACACCGGUGGCCACACGAGUAGCAGCUCGCCACCGCAUCGUCACCACAGGUCCCACAGUCCCCAGCAGCUGAACGCCGUGCCCGAGGACGACCGACUCUCGGCGUCGGUCACCCAGCGAAACGGCAAAAGCCGAUCCGGCCAGAGCCGCAACCGGCAUCGAGCCACUCCCGCGAAGCUGCAAGUACCAUGGUCCGGUUCCGGUCUGGAGGAUAUAAAGCUGGCGAUUCAGCAGCUGACGAUGCGCUCCCACAAAUCCUCGUCCACGUACUCCUCGCUGAGCGGCUCAGAGAGCUCGGAGCCGGCGGUGAGGAGGCUGAUGCGACAUUCCAGCUUGGAGACGAUCAACACCAACGUCACCAGCGCCGACGAGUUCGUCUGGGUGGACUCUCACAAUCGUCUGGUCGAGCUGCAGCAGCUGCCCUGGACUCAUCAUGAUGUGCUGCGCGUGUUGCAGAACGGUCGCACGAGGGAGCACAUGGAGCAGGUCUCGAUGGAGACGAUCCCGCGGCUCUCUUACCUGCUGCAACGCGCGCUAGUCAGGAUCGGUCGCGAGACGCAGAGACUGGCGAAGCCCGUGGGCCUCUGCAGCAAGCACGAGGUGUACAGCGCCUUCAAAAUAGUGCUUUGUCCGGCGCUAGCGGAUUCUUGCACCAAGGCUUGCCUGCGAGCUGCCGCGAUGUUUGCUGUAUCUGGCGAUCAGCUGAAACAAUCGAAGGCAUCCCGUUCGGGGCUGCAAUUGCCGGUGGGACGUUUUUUACGUUGGAUGUCCGACGUGAGGCUCGGGAGAAUGAUACACGAGUACGCGGCGAUAUAUCUGACGGCCGGGAUCGAGAACCUUCUGGAAGAAAUACUGCUACAAUGCGUGCCGACCGAGCCGCACACGACCCUCACGGCGACGAUGCUGGAGCACGCUAUAGCCAACAGCGGCGACUUAUGGGGCCUGUUGCAACCGUACGCGCAUCUCAACGCCGGCCGAACCGCAUCAGGCGCUCUGGCGAUGCCUCGAUGGGCGAGCGUGAGCUCCCUGAACUCGUCGUCGUCGUCGCGCAGCGGGCGAGACGCGGCCGGCUCGGCUUUGGAACCGUCGUUGCUCACAACGUGCGUGGGGUCCAUGUCAGAGUUGAUAGAUUUGAUUUCCAAAGUAGCACACGCCGGACGUUGCCCCGUCCCGCUGACUACGAGAGCGUUACACGCCCUGUUUUACUACAUGAGGUGUUCACAGCUGGAGCACGGUGAACGCGGCUCUGGAAUACAAGAGUUGGCGUACGAGCGGGCUUACGUGGUGCUGCCACCGUUAGUAGAAUGGCUACGGGUAGCCGCAGCGCACGCGGAGCACAGACACGGUCUCGUCGUGGAUCAGGAUGACAUUAAUCAAGCCGCCCGGUUACUUUUGCCCGGUGUAGACUGUCCUGUUCGUCCAAUAAGCUCCGAAGAGGUUGCAGUGUGCUCCAAGCGCAUCGACGACGCCGAGUACGUCCGCUUGUUGACGAUAGACAUGGCCUUCAAGAUGUUGACUAGCGGACGAGCGGAUCUCAUCGCCCAGGCGAUGCCGCUGCUGCCCUCGACAAAGAUCAACACGGUGAACGACGUCGGCUUCACAGCCCUGAUGUUGGCGUGCAUCAACGGCGACGAGUCGGCCGUGACGGCUCUCUUAGACGCCGGGGCGGACCUGAACGUGGAGAGUCCGUCGCCCACGACGAGCGCCCAGUCGUCCAACACACCUUCGAAGAUGCCCUUGGCGUCCAACGUACCGAACAUCAGAAGCCCCCCCGUCAAUCAGUCGGCCAUGAUGACGCCUAGCAAAGCAUCACCGAGCGCGAGUCUAUCGUCCGGCAGUCCAGGUGGUCCCGCUGGAGCCGUACCCGGCGGCGGCAUGUGCUACGCGCCAGCCGGCUUCAACGCGGAGACGCAACACUGGACUGCGCUGACCUACGCGGCUCUGCUGGGCCACUGCAGCAUCGCCAGAAUACUGCUGGAGCGAGGCGCCGCCGUGGAAGGCGGCGCGAAACUCAGCGAGGACAAGUGCACGGUGACGCCGUUGCAAGCGGCCACCGCGUCGGGGAACAACGAGAUGGUCGCCUUGCUCUUGGCGCACGGCGCCCAGCCGUUUCUCUCUACUCUCAUCAAGGACUCGUUUUCCUACUCGGGCUCUGCACAACGCGGUUGUUACAGCGCAAUCUCAGUGGCAACGGCGCACGGCCAAAGAAGCUGUCUUCAUCAAUUGCUAUCUCACCCGCUCAACUUCUCAGCCAAGCGAGGGGAAAAGGAGAUACUAUCUUUGGAGGAGAUACUAGCGGAAGGUAACGCCGGUGCUAAUUCGCAGCAACAGACCGCCGAAGGGAGAGGAGCUCGCAGAGAAGGCAAGGAACCGGUAUUUAAUAAGGUGCAAACCAAGGCGCUGCAGGAAGCGAUGUAUCACAGCGCGGAAAGCAAUCAUUUAGACGUCACGAUGGAGCUUCGUGGGCUGAAAGUAGGCUGGACGCUGCACUGCUGGAUGCACAGUCUCGCGACAGCUCACGAGAUGCGACUGGAUUCGGUUAUAGAUCAGCUGCUGCAAGAUUUCCUUCAAGUCUGCCCGGACGAUUAUUCCACGCAGUUUGUGCAGGAGUGCCUGCCGCUCUUGUUCAACAUUUUUAGAUACAACAAGAAGGAAGGCACCACGCUCUUGCUGGCUGAUAUCUUUUGCACGUGUUUCGGUUGGGAGCCGAUCAAGCCGAUCAGAGACACCACGCUGUCGAGCGGAUCAAGAAUCGAUCCGAAAUUCGUGAACAAUCCCGAAUUGAGCGACGUGCAGUUUAGAGUGGAGGGUCGCGUAUUCUACGGCCACAAGAUUGUGCUGGUUACAUCCUCCCCAAGAUUCAGGAACAUGUUAAGUUCCAAAUUAUGCGAGGGCAAUCCUCCCAUUGUGCAGAUUAACGACAUAAGAUAUCAUAUAUUUCAGAUAGUUAUGGAAUUUCUCUACCACGGCGGUUGCGCCACUUUGGAGGUUAAUCAAAGUGACGUUCUGGAAUUGAUGGCAGCGGCCAAUUUCUUUCAACUCGACGGUUUGCUCAGAUACUGUGAAGCGCAAUGCUCCACAAUGGUGGAUCUCGAUAAUAUCGUUUCCAUGUAUAUUCAUGCGAAGGUAUACAACGCCGCGCAGCUGUUAGAGUACUGUCAAGGAUUUCUCUUACAAAACAUGGUGGCCCUUCUCACGUAUGACGAUUCAGUCAAGCGUUUAUUGUUCGCGAAGAAGUUACCGAAUCACGACGUUCUUGCGGGUCUACUGCUCACUCUGCAAUCACGAAUCAAAGCCAGGCGAUCUCAGCAACAAAACAAGAUAAAAGCAUAGACUCGCUACACGCAGAUAUCUGCAUUAUACAAUAUGUUUAUUCUAAGACUUUGCGCAUAAGUCUAUCGUUGCAUCUCGCGAUAAUUUCAAACAACGUAACAAUACCGAGUCUGUUAGGAGAACAAAUUUAUAUUUGUACAUUGUAUAUGUUUAAGAUACGAAUAUUUUAUAUAAUAAAGCAUACUGCACGUAUUGCUAUAUUUAUAAGCUGCUAUAUUUAUAAGCGGUAAGGAACAAAAGCUGUUAGGCUCACAUGGGAGAAUCACUGCCCUUUACAAAGUAACUUCUGUAAAUAGGAGCGUAUUGUUAGUAUAAAUCUGAAAAAAUUUUCUACAAACAUUAAUUUCUCACAUACAUUCGUCGUAGGGUGUCUAUCCCUUUCAAAUCAACACUCUGAUGACACAAGUUUGAACACACAUGUAUAUAUUCCACUAUAAAGAUAAGAUUCUUUUUUACGCUAUGUACAAGCUUUGUAACAAAAGAUUCGUUAUUGCAUAUAAAAAUAAUAAAAUGUUUAAAUUGUAAUGUUUACGUUUACGAAAUUGUUAACAGUACAUGGAUCGUUUAUUAUGUUGAGAGAUAGAUCUAGUGUUCUAAAACAUUUUAUAUUUUAGUGACAUCUAACGUGUAUCGCUAUUAGCAAUCAUAUGAAUCUUACCAGUUUUAAAAUAAACGAUUUGUAGCGCGAAAGUUGUACUAUAAAAGGCGUUCUCGAUACUAUUUUUCUACCAGUAUAGCAUCGAGAUUCGAUAAAAAUAGGUAUAUCCCUAAUUUUGUGUAUCGUAACCUCUUCCUUAUACUUUCUGAUGCAAUUCUAUAUUAAUUAUAUCAUACGUACGGGGUAUAAAAAAAUUUUAUUCGGAAAGAACAGAACAUAAUUUAAUGUCUAAUAUUAAUUUAGCACAUAUAAAUCAACAAUAGAUAUAUAAUAAAGCUAUUAUCAUUGACAUCAAGUGCAGAUAUUGAUAUCAAUGCCGUAUUGUAUUAUUUAUUUAAGUGAUGUUAAUGAUUAGUAUUGUUGUAUAUACAAUAUUCAGGUUAUAACCUUAAUAAUUAUAUCUUGGAUUUUUAGCAUCCGGAAUGCCUAAUCAUGUAAGAAUCGAGUAGCUGCAAGAAAAUGGCUGUCUCAAUCGAGUAAAUUUGUCCUUCUCAUCUCGUAUCUCCCAAUAUAUAAUUUCAAAUAAGCGUCGGCUCUUUGAUUAUAUAAUUAUGAGGAAGCAUCGAUUAAUUAAACGCGAAAUAAUAUCCCAAAUUUAAAAGAAAAUAUCCAGACAGUAUCAAGAGACAAUUUGUUAUUUCAUAUUGAUGCAACAUACACAAGCACGGCAACUGUCUCGUGUAAUAGUUGAAAUAAUUGUUACUAGUAAAUUGACGAAUAAUAUAUAGAAAAAUAGAUAUUGUUAGCAUUUUGCGAUAUUCGGGAGAAAAUUCACGUGUUAUACUUAGCUUUAUUUGCGACUUUAUUUGUAGAAAGAUAUCGUUCGUAAGAUACGCACGAAACAUAGUAACUAUAUGCUCAAUGCUCAUAAUUUGAAGCGAAUUUGUAUGAUGAAUUGAUAGUCGAAACUGUUCCCAUGUCUUAAAGCAUGAUAAAGACUUUUAAGAUUAUUAUAGAUUAACAUUUAUACAAUCACGAAUGACAAGCAUCAAUAUGAUCUAAGCCAAUGUACGCAAGAACUGAAUCAAUGCCUGAAUUGCUGACGAUUUUCAAUAAAAUUGGGAUUACAUUUAUUAUAUAAAUAGGAUGUACAGCAAUAAAAAUAUCGGUUUUAAUACAUAUAAAUGAAUAUACAAUAGACGUAAAAUUACAAUUUAGAAAAUGCAUAACAAUAAGAUUUUCAUGCAUUAUAUAAAUUCAAUAUAAUAUUUGCCACACUAGAUGCUCUUUUAACGAAUUAUAUGACCAGUGGUUGUUGGCAUAUAAUGUCUACAGCAGCAGCGACAAGUUGGUAACAUUUCAAUUGCGCAACUUUUUUUAUAAAGAGUGAUUUUUUCACAUGGUAUAUUAGGCAUGAUUAUAGAUUUUGCCUAAAGACACGUCUCAGUUAAAUUAAUAUGUAAUGCCAAUGGUGCACAACUGCAAACUGUUAAAACAAUAUUAAUGAAAGUGUCUCUAUCAAUUUUUCUAUUGAUAGUCAGAAACAUCACUACUGCGUAUUGUAAUAGCGAUACGGCGAUAUAAUAACGUGUUCAAAGCAGCGUUUGAAAAGCAAAUGAUUUAAUAAAAUUCUUUUUCAUGCACAUUAUCAACAUAAAAUUUGUGAGACGAUAGGGAUAGGAAAUCUGCAGUAUGUCUAGAGGACAAAAUUAUUUUGAAAGAAAUAAUUUUCACGAUAAAACAUACAAGUAUAAUUUGGCAAGAGUAUUUACUAAGCCGUUACUCACAUUCUCGUAUUUUACUUAGUAACAAUACAAUUCAGCUAGAGUGCGAAAAA